AUGAUUCCACCGAUGGCGCCGCUUCCGGUGGCGCGUCUGGCCCAUCACGAACGACCAUUCACCUAUACGGGGCUGGACUAUUUCGGGCCGCUGCUGGUGAAGCUGGGAAGGUCUAUAGUUAAACGAUGGAUAGCACUCUUCACCUGUCUGACAGUGCGUGCUGUCCACUUGGAAGUCGCCUACACUUUAUCAACAGAGUCAUGUAUCUCCUGCGUUCGUCGAUUCGUGGGUCGCCGGGGAUCGCCGGUAGAAUUCUUUAGCGACAAUGGAACGAAUUUCAAAGGAGCCGAACGAGUACUGCAGCACCAGAUAAACCAGGGACUGUCCUCGACAUUCACCAGUGCCAAUACGAAACGGAGCUGUAUACCACCGGGAGCUCCGCACAUGGGAGGAGCUUGGGAACGCUUGGUGCAAUCAGUAAAGGCGGCUAUGGCUGAAGCGUACAUAGAAGGGAAGCUAGAUGACGAGGGGCUGCAGACACUGGUCGUGGAGGCUGAAAAUAUAGUAAACUCAAGGCCUCUGACGUAUCUACCACUCGAGACUGAGAUGGCAGAGGCACUCACACCAAACCACUUUUUGUUGUUGAGUUCAAACGGGGUAAAGCGACGAGGCGAAGAUGUGGCUCUGGGUCAGUUCAACGACCUAGUACGCCGACAAAUUCUGGGAAAAUCCUGGGAACUAAUACAACGUCAGUUGGAGAUAUUUUGGCAGCGCUGGCUAGUCGAGUACCUGCCCGUGAUUCGCCGACAAGCCAAAUGGUUCGACGAAGUCCGAGCGUUGACACCGGGUGACGUGGUAGUGGUAGCGGAACCUACAAAGCGAAGUGGAUGGGAGAGAGGACGAAUCAUCCGUAUGAUUCCUAAUCCGGAUGGCCGGUGCCGUAGAGCAGUGGUGCAAAUCGGAGGAAAAUCUUCAGUGCGACCGGUGACUCGGUUGGCGUUGCUCGACGUGGUAAAUAGAUGUGGAGUUCCGGAGGACUCCGGACUACACCCGGGGGAGACUGUCAACGCAGAAUUCGCCGAGCUGACAACCCUAUCCACCGGCAUUACUGAAGGGGCGAAUCGGCUGUCAACGAGCUGA